AUGGUGUCCAAUAAACUAGCAAUCGCCAGUAUCUCCCUGAGCCAAUACCCAGGCCACCUCCUCGACCAGAAAAUCCGCGCCGCAUCCCAAGCCGGCAUCGCAGGACUUGAAAUAGUGUACAACGACCUCCUCGCCUACAGCAAAGCCCAAAACAUUUCCAUCCACGACGCAGCUCAAAAGAUCUACGCCCUGUGCCAGGAAACAAACGUCGAAGUCCUCUCCCUAGCCCCCUUCGAAAACUACGAAGGCGCAACAACCCCGCUAAAAGAAAGGCUCGCUCUCGCCUCACACUGGCUCGAAAUUGCCCGUCUGCUACACGCAACCUACCUGCAAGUGCCAUCAGUCUUCACAUCAGACUGCAGCCGCGAUGAGAAAACAAUCAUAUCCGACCUCCAGCAGCUAGCCGACCUAGCCAGCGCCAGCAAGCCAGUAAUAUCAAUCGCCUACGAGCCGCUGUCAUGGGGAACAAACUGCUCCACCUGGGAAGACGCCCUGUCGACCGUGCAGCGGGUCGACCGUCCGAACUUCGGACUGUGUCUGGAUACCUUCCACGAAGGGACUCGUGUGUGGGGCGAUAAUUCCUCUCCGAACGGACUGCAGAUGGAUGCGGAUACUAAGCUGCGGGAUUCGCUGCGCAGGUUUGUGCGCGAUUGUCCGCGGGAGAAGAUUUUCUAUGUGCAGCUUUCUGAUGCCGAGCGGUUUGAUCCGCCUUAUUCGUUGGCGCAUCCGUGGGCGCUGCCCGGUGAGGCGAAGGAGUUUACCUGGUCGAAGCAUGCCAGGCCUUUCCCUUUGGAGGUUGAGUUUGGGGGGUAUUUGCCCGUUGUGGAUAUUGCUAGGGCGUGGAUUGUUGAUGUUGGGUUUGAGGGGUGGAUUUCUAUGGAGACUUUCCAUCGGACCAUGACGGAUGGGCAGAUUAGUCCUGAGACGGCGGCUAAGAGGGCGGUUGACUCUUGGAGGAAGCUUCAGGUUGAGAUGGAGAGUAAGUCGAGACUUUGA